CAGUGUGAUUUAAAUAAAGCUUUGGCAGAACGCGUGGAUGAUACUUCUGGAAGGAGCGUCUGAAACGACAAAGUAGCACUAACUUACCCUCUUUAAAGGGAUCAUUUUGGACACACGGAGUUGAACUUUAUUUUUCUAUCUAUUAUUAAACAUUACGGGUAUCGAGUGAACCCCCUGGAAACAUGGCAGAAAGUGACUGGGACACCGUGACUGUGUUGAGGAAGAAGGGGCCGACGGCUGCCCAGGCCAAAUCCAAGCAGGCUAUCACCUCCGCUCAGAGACGUGGGGAGGACAUUGAGACAACCAAGAAAUGGUCAGCAGGGCAAAACAAACAGCAUCUUGUGACAAAAAACACAGCCAAACUGGACCGGGAGACUGAGGAGCUGCACCAUGACAGAGUUCCGCUUGAGGUUGGCAAGGUUAUUCAGCAAGGCAGGCAGGAGAAAAGCCUGACUCAGAAAGACCUGGCCACUAAAAUUAAUGAGAAGCCUCAAGUCAUUGCAGACUACGAGUGCGGGAAAGCGAUUCCCAACAACCAGGUCUUGGGCAAGAUAGAGAGAGUGAUUGGGAUGAAACUGCGUGGGAAGGAUAUUGGGCAACCCCUGGAGGCAAAGCCCAAGAAGAAAUGAACACAAAGCCUCGAAAUCAGCCCUCCCAAGGUCCCGUCUUUCCCUGUUAAGUAAACCUGAACCACUCUCCUGCCCCACCUCCCAGAACCCUCAGAUUUCUCCUCCCCUCCCCUCCCUCUACCUGGGCUGAUCUCACCUGUGUCCUGCCUGAGGACAUGGUGCUCCACUUUCAUUACAAGCUGCAUACUGACAAGUCAUCAGAAAACACUCUUUUGACCACAUAAUCAAAUGAAUGAUCGAAUGCGUUUUUUUCCAACGUCACAAACUCGAGGUUCUGAGCAUUUCCUUUUAACUCACGUCUGCUUAGGCUUUGGCAUGAUUGGAUUCAACUUUUUGAUAGUGAUGUAAAAUCAUAAAAGGUGAAUUAGUUUUCAUGACCAAACAAACUAGUUUGACUAAUGUUAAUUCUCAGCAUGAUGUUGAUCCAGAAGUGCUUCAUUGCAUCUUUCUUUUUUUUCACACACUCAUGACAGUGGGUGAAUGUCAAUACAGUGUUAAAAUGUUUAAUGCUGUGCUUUGUUUUGAUCUUGAAAUAAAGUUUGGCAGUUCAUGACA